CACGUCCUCCCAUCAUCCGUGCCUUUCUAUGGCCCUGGAGGCCAAGUUUGGUGAGGUUGCGCUCGGCUUCUCCAUGGCCCCUGGAGACCUCCCGGGCCUGAGAGAGAGAGAAAGAGAGAAGGGCAGGGCCCUGCGUGUGAAGUGUUGAAAUAUCCCAAUCUCUUCACUGCCAGAUGGAGGUCAGCCACUCGGUAAAGGAGCGUACUAUUGCUGAGAAUAGCUUGGUCAUCCUGCUGCAGGGUCUCCGAGGCCUGGUGACCACAGUGGACCUGCGGGAUGAGACUGUGGCCCGUGGCCGAGUGGACAACGUGGAUGCCUUCAUGAACAUCCGCCUGGCUGAGGUCACCUAUACAGACCGGCAGGGCCAGCAGGUCCAGCUUGAUGACCUCUUUGUGACUGGUCGCAAUGUCCGCUAUGUCCACAUUCCUGAUGAUGUAGAUAUCACUGCCACCAUCGAACAGCAACUUCAGGCCAUCCAUCGGGUGCGCAACUUUGGCAGUGAGGGUAAGGGCCGAAGGGAAUUUCCUACCAGGAAGUACAAGUGAAAGACAUUCUCCCUUCACUCAGAUUCCUUCAGAGCCCUUGGCCUUACAGCUUUAGAUGGGGGCUGCUACUGUGCUUCCUGAUAGCCAGUUCUCCCCCAUCGGGACACAGACCACAAGGAGAAGGACAAGUUCAUUCCGAAGCCACAUUUGCCUUUUACAAUCCCCGGAUUUGAUCUGGGUACCCAAAAUCUGAUAUGUCUGUAAUCUUGGAUUAGUUGAAGACCAUUCCCCAUGCUUCUUGGCCAUUGAGGCUCAGCUAACUGACCAGUCGGACCCAUUGAGCUCCUCGGUUCUGUAUUAAAGGGUUAAUUUCAGCCAUUUUUAAUACUUUCCUAAAAUGCAUUGAUGAUCUUUGCUGCUAAAUGUGCCAGCCUAAGAGUAUUUUGUGAAUCCUCUCCACUCAAUUGUUUACUUCUAAAACCAAACUUGGAUGCAAACACAUGAGUCCUAGGCCUUCCUAGGCCCUCAAGUCUCCACCUGUCUGUCCUUGUUGUGCAGAAUUAAAACACUUACAUCCAGUGGAAAA